CCUCGAAAGGCUUUGGUGGUAGUAUUCAAGGAAUUGACUGCCACGGACGACGCAUCACACAAUGGCUGAGACAGCGACAAAGCAGUCGACCCCGUCCUUUGUCGGGACCAGCAAGGUCGUUCAGACCGAGUAUCCCCUCAUUGACAACGAUCCUCACUUCAAGCGAGUCGUGGGUUAUGCCCGUACAUCCGAUUACAUCGCCGGCACCGUCGCCGCUGCUUUCGCUCCCGCUGCUCUCUACGCCCUCGAGAAGUUCGCCCCCUCACACGUAGGCAAGGGUGGUUUCCCCAAGGCCAUGCGACUGGCUGGUGGUGUUGGUCUCUUGGGUGGUUUCCUCUACUUCUACCAGCGAUCAGCCCUCCGAUUUUACGGCGCCACCGAGAACGCCCGCGAGAUUGAGAUGGAUAUGCGCGAGAUGGUUGAUAAGGUUAAGAAGGGUGAGCCUCUAUAUGGCGUUAGCCGGCUAAGCCCUCAUCUUCAGGGUGUUGCUGCCCGACAGAGCAGAUACUCUGCUCUGUUCCUUAGCACGAUUCCUUGGUUCAACUUUGUCAACCAUAACCAGCAUGGUGUCGACACAGCCAAGUACUACCAGCAGGCUGAGCGGGAACUUGAGGCUGAGCGCUCGUAAGAGAGGAGGGAAAUUAAGAUUUACGGAGAGCGAGAGGAGGAUUGGAUGGGAAAAGAGGUGUAUAUUACCAGCGGAGGUGGGCAUUGCCUCGACGGCCUGGCGAGUUUAUUUGUGAGAUGGAAAUAUAUUCCUUGAACCAA